AUGCCGGACCAAGAUCAACGACUCGAUGUUGGAAUUAUUGGAGGUGGGUGUAGUGGAUUAGUUACGUUAAAGGAAUUAGUAGCCGAAGGCCAUCGGUGCCGAGUUUUCGAGAAAUCCAAUGUGCUCGGUGGUUUGUACACUCAAGCAUAUCAACAAGGAGUCUUUGUUUCAAGUCAUUUGUUAACCAUGUUCAGUGAUUUUGUGGGUAAAGACGUGGAUAUUCUUGAAAAGCCGCGAAUGUUAUCAUUUAUUGAAUAUGCGCAAUAUUUAAAUGAUUAUGCUGAUCAUUUUCAAUUGAAAGAAUUUAUUCAAUUCGGAACCGAAGUGAAAUCGUUAUGGAAGGAUUUUUCUGAUCAGAAAUGGAAAGUUCGUCUAACAAAUGAUACACAAAUUUAUUCCUUCGAUCGUAUUGCGAUUUGUUGUGGAGUAUUCGGCAACAUCAGUCUUCCUACUUUUCAAAAUCAAGAUUUAUUUCAAGGGAAAAUCAAACACAUGAAACACAUUCAGCGCUACGAGGAAUUUCAAGAUAAACACAUAUGUAUUGUCGGUAGUGGCGAAUCUGCCAGUGAUAUGAUCCUAGCUGCAGCACAAUUCGGUAAAAAAGCUUAUCUAUCCAUUCGAAAGGAUCAUGGUUUUAUCGUGCCAAGAUAUAUUCAUGGAGAUCGAUUUGGACCAGCUGAUUUAGAUACGUCGCGAAUUCAUCAUUCCAUUCCGAGAGCUUGGGGUGUUUUACACACUACGAUCGAUAUGUUCAACAGUUUGAUAAAAUCCUACUUGAAAUGUCUCUUUUACCAAAAAGGUCGAUCGACUGACUAUGAUAUUGUUCGACGUGCAGGAAUCUACAUGAAUUUAAAACAAAUUCGAACAAGCAAUGUCUGGACAACUUACGGCACGAAAAAUUCAAAUAUCGUCGAAGCGCUGGUGAAAUACAAACACAAAUGUCAACGAAAACCUGGAAUAAAACAAUUAAAAGUGCAUUCAGUGGUCUUCGAAGACAACACCGAAGAAUAUGUCGACGAAAUCGUUUGUUGUACUGGCUUUAAAACCUCAUUUCCAUUCAUCGAACAGAGCGAAGACGCAGAUGAUACUUUAAAGCGUUACUUCACCGAAGCGAAAAUCUCUCACAACUUGUACAAACAUUGUUUCCAUCCAGAUCUAGGCGAUGAAGUUGCCUGGAUUGGUUUUGCUCGUCCGGCUCUAGGCGCAAUUCCACCAUUAAUGGAACUUCAAGCGCGUUGGUUUGCUCUACUAUGUUCAAAGAAGUUAACUCUGCCAAGCAAAGCUGAAAUGAAUGAAAAGAUUUGUAAAUACGUCAAAUAUCUCGAAUGGCAACUGACACCUUAUCGUGUGAAUCGUUUGACGAAUCUGACCGAUUAUUUGAUCUAUUCCGAUGAUUUAGCGCGAACAAUUGGAUGUCGACCGAACUUUACUCGAAUAUUUUUCACUGAACCAAAAUUAUGGAUGAAAUUAAUGUGUGGACCGUUACUAAACGCGCAAUAUCGCUUGAUCGGUCCACAUGCGAAACCGAAACAAGCGAAAGAAGUUAUCCUGAAAGCAAAAUGGGUCAAACAACCGAAUAUUCUAUACUUUUGUAUGUUAACUUGCUAUGCAUUUUUCUAUCUCGUCUUUCGAAUUGAAUCAUGUAAACCUGCAUCAUGGUAUCCAUUGUAA